AGUAGUUCAGGGCGAAAGUGUGCUUUAUUACACUAUACAUGGUGGUAGAGCGAACUGUAUUUCUUAAAUAUACAUUGCUUUGUUAAUCACGUGUAGAUUAUACAUUUCAAUGCACACCUAUGGUCCCAGGCUACUGCUGUGUACCGAAGCCGUGCUGUUCCAACACAACCAUAGACAGGGUCAUACUGAAAACCGGCGAGUUUGUAACGUACAGCUGCAACAAUGGAAAUCGCCGUGUUUCUGGAAACCAGUACCGGGCCUGUCGCCCAAACGGAACACUGACUGGGACAGCGCUGGUUUGUGCACCCGAACAAAACGUUUGCUCCAACCUGAACAACAUCCGCGUGACCGACACCCGAAGCGCCACCCCCGGGUCGACGUCACUGGCCGGUCCCUCCCCUUACUUCUCCGUUGACCGGUCAGCCAAGCUGCAAGCCUGUCGAGCCUACUGCAGGAGGGAUGGACAACUCUUCAUUCAGUUCUGGAGACAAGAAAAAAGCAGUGCACCCCGCGAGUUCACUCUCGUCGGCAGUAACGUCGUCACAUGCAUCGGAGGCCGUGCUGUCACGUGGAAGUUUGACCCCCGUCACAGGUUCGAUCUUCAGAAGGGGGAUUUUCUGGGCUUGCUGGACCCUCGAGGUGGGACGGUGGCGAUGCAGACGUGCAAGGGGACGAAGACGUUGACGGUGAACUACGUCAUGAGAUCGUACAGUUUCAUCAACAGUAUACCAAUACCUGGAAGCACGUACACUUUUAGUGCUGGUGUAGACUGCUGGAACUAUAUGAUAGACUGUGUGAUAGGGCCUAAAUGAAUGUCUGACAGUGAGGAUCAACGCCUAUAUGUACGCCAUCUAGCGGUGCUUGACGCGCAGACCAAAGUUGGAGCUUCACGCGCAUCGCUGAAAUUUCGGAAAAAUAGGAGGAAAUAAAUGUACGAUCCAUGUGAUUGGUGCGUUCAGAAAGAAUAAACGGUUUUAAUAGGU